AUAAGUUUGCUAUUACUAUCUUACUAUGAUACAGUGAAGGUAAUUACUGGAGUACCAGUAACUGCUAAUGAUACUUCUACUCCAGACGUAGAAACUGCCCCUACUACUAUUACUACUACAAUAAGUACAAUAUCAACUAACACUGCUUCUACAGCAGAAGUGAUUACCGAUGUAACGUCAAAAAAAAGUUGCAAAACAAGAAGCCAGAGGCCUACAAUAAAAUUGGAAAAUUGUGUGGAAAUUGGAGAUAGGAUCGUUUGUUACGAUUUCUAACCUUAAUUUUCGACACAAAGGACGUUAAAUUUAUGGAAACAACGAGAGAAAUAUUUGAAUAGAAUAAAAUGCUUAUUAGGUUACUGCUGUUAAUUCAAAUACUUUUAAUAAUAAGUGGAGGACAAUGUGCACCUAAACUUGGAGGUAUACUUUUUGAACAGUUAUUGCUUGAAACUUUUAUGGACGACGAAAAUAAUACUAAUGCUAACUACAAACGAGAAUUCACAGCACGGGUACCAGUUUACCAAACAAACAUUAAAAAUAGUACAUCGCUGUAUGCCAAAUUAACUGGUAAUUCAUUAAUUAAAUCAGCCAUUUCAAGGUCAAGGCACAAAAACAAAGAUAUAAAACGUCUCGAACACAACGUUAAAACAAUUUCCAAUAAUUCUGAUUUUAAUAAUUCUUCUGGGAUCACAAAAAAUAAACUAACCACAAGGUUUCCGUCGACAUUUACAUCUCUGGUACCAUUAACUACUGUCAAAAUAAACACAACUUAUCAUACAUAUAAACCAGAAAAGCCUAAUGAUAGAAAAACUCUAAAGCAUGUGGAAAAAGAGAAGAUAAAAUUGGAUGUAAACAAUACAGAAGUGAAACAUAAUGAAAGCCAAAAAAGUUUUAAUAUGCCGAAAAGUCGUCGAGAUGGCGAAAUGCUGCAAUCAAAUGGCUAUGCUUUUAAUGUAAAUAAUUGUCAAAUGAGGGGCGAUCGAGUUCUAUGUGGCUAUAACAAUCAGGAAUUGGAAACUAUUAAGCCUGAAGCGGCAGACAAGGAUUGCAUACUCCGCGGAGACAGGAUUGAAUGUGGCUAUGUCAAUCGCAGGACUGAUAACAGACGCAAUAAUAAAAAAAAUAAAGCAGUAGACAGUGGAUCUGAAAUUAAAAACGUGACUGACAAUCUAACCACAAUUUCUGUUACUUCCAAAUCCAAUACAAAUACCACCAUUAAACCUACUCACGCAACCGAAAUUACUAAGACGACUAAUCGUACUUCUACUGGCAACGUCGAAGAUCAGUCAGAUUCAUCCAAAUUUGAAACACGGAAAUUAUUAGAAGAUGUUGAAAAAAGUAUUGCUUCUAUUAUAACCAAUGCAAAUACUAGCACUACCGCUAUUUCUACUUCUUCAGCGACUACAAUUACUAAUAAAAAUGAUUCCAUUACUAUAUCUAAUAUAUCUACUUCUACUAGUAACACCAUUAUAAAAGAACAACCAGAAUUUGCCAGUUUAAAAAUUAUAGAAUUGAUUAACCGUGUUGAAAAACUACUUGCCUCAGCUGGUACUAUUACGACUUUAAAUCUUUCUUAUCCUAUAGUGGCAAGUAAUGAAUCUUCUACAUCCUUUUCUACGCUGAAAGAAGAACCUACUGAACUUCUUAAUUUAACUAUUAGAAAAUCUAACCGUUAUUCUGUUUCUUUAAGCAGUACUGUUUCUCUUACUAAUUCUACUGUUAAUAGUACUGUUUCUACUACUUCAUCUACGUCUACUAGUAGUACUAGUACUACUACUACUACUACUACUACAACUACAACUCCUGGUCCAUAUAUCGACGAUGGGGAAUAUUGCGUCGAGAAAGAUGGUCGGAUCGUGUGUUAUGACAGCCCACAAGAAGAUUACGAUGACUUUUUAGAAAAAUAAGUUACAGGCGCUCUAUGUGCAGUGUUUGGUGCAGUGUGCUUAAACACAAAACUUCAGAUUGUAUUGAAGUUUUUUAAAUACUGUAUGAUCGCACAUUAGUAUGAAGUGUAUUUUAUAC